AUGCCUAGCUCCGAAAGAUCUUACGUGGGACGAUUCUUCUCCUCCCAAUUCGCAUCCCUGCCCUAUCCCUCCCACAGUUUCAGCGGUCAAGUAAUAAUUGUCACUGGAGCAAAUACUGGGUUAGGUCUAGAGGCCGCUCGACACUUUGUCCGACUAGGUGCAGCAAAAGUCAUCUUAGGUGUUCGAAAUGAGGAGAAAGGAAAAUCAGCGCAAGAGUCAAUAUCCUCAUCCACACAAAAGAGAGACAAAACUGAAGUAUGGCUUCUUAAUAUGGAAAGUCAAAAAAGUGUAAAGGAGUUUGCAGAAAAAGCUUCUAGGCUUGAAAGGCUUGAUGCAUUCGUGGCAAAUGCCGGUGUCUGUACCAAUCACUUUGAACUCGUCGAAGGCAUAGAGAAGUCUAUUGCUGUAAAUGUCCUGUACACUUUUUUGCUCGUAUUUUUGCUUCUACCUACGCUGAGAAAGACUGCAUUGGACUGUCAAGUAAGGCCUCGCGUGGUCAUUGUGUCGAGUGAAGGUCAUGAGACUACUUCUUUCAGUGAGAGUAAAUCAGAUCCGAUUUUUGCCGUGUUGAAUGACAAAUCCAAGUCCAACAUGGACGAAAGAUAUGAUACAUCCAAGUUGCUGCAGAUUUAUGGUGUGCGAGAAUUGGCCACUCAGCUAGACAACUCUGACAAGCCUGCCAUAACAGUCAAUGCUUGUACUCCAGGGUUAUGCAGAACAAGUCUCUUGAGAGAAGCCCCUGCCGUUUCUAAAAUAAUUCUUGGGGCGGUUAAGCUUGUUGUCGCAAGAAGUGCAGAAGUAGGGAGUCGUAUUCUCGUUCAUGCAGCCGAAACACAUGACGACACUCAUGGUCAAUACUUACGAGAUUGUAAAGUGACACCGUAA